AUGGCUCUUCCAGACGCGGAUUUACACCCCGUCGCUACUGGCAAUCAUGGCCAGCUAGCUGAUGUCGCUUGGCAAGGCCUAGUACCCACGCUCGAAUUCGAAGGCAAACCGUUAUAUGAGUCGACGGUCAUUUGCGAAUUUCUCGAGGAGCAGUAUGCCAAUCAUGGCACACCACUUCUUCCACCAGAUGCUUUUGAAAGGGCACAGAUGCGGUUAUCCAUCGAGUACGUCACGACAAGAAUUGUUCGCAACUUCCAUCAAUUUCUUCAAUUUCAACCUAGCGAAACAGCUCCCUCCAUCGAGGGCAGCAAACAGACGUACCUUGACAGUUUGAAAGAACUUACCCGGAGGAUGGACGAGAGAGGACCGUUCUUCACCGGCAAACAGUUGCAGCUCAUUGAUAUUAUCGCCGCUCCUUGGGCUUUGAGAAAUUGGAUCUUCGAUCAUUUCAAAGGUGGCCUUGGCAUCCCACCAGAGGGAGAAGAUGGUCAAGACGAGGAGGUUUGGCAAAGAUAUAGGAUGUGGGAAGGUGCAGUCAGCCAGAGGAGAAGUUUGCAAGAGACCACAAGUGAGCGAGAGUAUUAUCUCCCGAUAUACCAGCGAUAG